UACCACUAAUUGCACGUGGAAUCUCUGCAUUGCCGACUUAAAAAAGAAACUUAGGGAAAGGCCUCGGAGCAAGCGCAAAAAGCACUUGAGCUCCUAGCUUUCGCUUUCCUCUCCCUCCAGCUUUUUCUUUGGUUUGUGAUUUCCCUGGCAGGAACCACUGGCUGACACAAGUCAUAGGCUUCUUUUGCGGUUGUCGACCCGGCCGAACGGCUAGCGGUGCGUUGUGAAAAAAAAAAAAAAAAAUCCUGGCUACCCCGACGAUAUCAGUACCAACGAUGCUGUCCCACCCGCGCAGCAGUCUGCAGGACAGACACCGGCGUCAUCGACGGCAGAUUUCAACCCCGACGUUGCUCGAAGCCGGUAAGGUCCCGAACCUUCCUACGCCUGCACUGCAGCGAUUCCAGACACAUCGCCGUGGCCAAAGUCUAGAUCAACGUUCGCCGUGCGCCAAACAAUUCCAAGCCGCACGGAAUGGGGUCGAUUCGGCAACCCGAAUCGCUACUAACGGAACAGUGUACCACCAUCCUCAGAUGUUUCAAGAGUUGCAACAACAACAUCAACAGCAAGUCCCAGAUAGCCAAUUGCCCGUUCUGCAACAUUCGACACGAAUGGCUCUGAUCGCGGAAUCCCAGGCAUUUUCACAGGAGGAUUUGCAGGCUCUGGCCCACCGAAGUGACAAAAAUGCCUGUAUGAGUCCCCAUAUCGUCCAGGUUGGGAGCAACUUUUCGGAAGUUCAAUCUUUGAAACUAGCCCUGGAUCGCAUCCAACAACAACAAUUUUCUUGUGGGAACGUUGUAGACAGACAAUCUCUCGACAAUGGGUCCUGGAGCUACUAUCAACAAAACAACCUAGCUGCACUUCAACAGCAAGCAAGCGACAUUUCCAAAGUUCAGCAACCGCGUACGCCUGCUCUCCAGACGAAUGACCGUAAGAUAUUCGAUAAGUGUAACUCCCCCAAGUUAGGUCAGUGGCUGAUGAAUUCAGACUACCGCCCAAUUACCCCUGCCACGACUCCGUUCAGACUGUCGGUUGAUCUUUCUCAAUGCAGCGAGGCCAUAAAGAGCCAGCCCGUUAAGGAUCAAUACCUAUCUAUCCCGGGCCAGACACACCCACUGUACAUGCAACGAGCCAAGUCCCUGGAAGGGGUAACGGGCACAACUUUUACCCAGCAGAGCAUAGAGAUACCUUCUCCCCCCAACACGGCUUCAUUUGAUAUUGAUACUUUUGAUAUUUUUGACUACCAGCAGGCAUCCAGCGUCGACAAUUCCGAACCCCAUAGUCAGAACAGUGCAUCGUCGUCAUCGACAGCGCCCACCUUUCCUUCCAUGUCGGAACCCUCCAAUACCCAGUCGGCGGAAGAAUCUAACAAGGCGCAAAAGCUCCCAAUCCUUCCUAUCUCGUCGCGUCGUGGGAGCUCCCAGAAGACUUCUAACACACCAUCCGGCACCAUGUCGCCUACAAAGCCAAAACUUUCACCCCGCGUGGCUUCCAUUGGCAGCCUGAAUUUGGAUUCCAGAGUCCAGGCCUCUAUCAAGGAAACGGGCAUUACAAUUGAUGAGAUCGCCUCCUUCAUUCAUGGACCGGACCCCGAAGAUGGUAAAUGGGUUUGCCUUCAUACGGGAUGUGGGAGGAGAUUUGGCAGGAAGGAAAACAUAAAAUCUCACGUCCAGACUCACCUAGGCGAUCGCCAGUACAAAUGCGAUCACUGCAAUAAAUGUUUUGUUCGUGGGCACGAUUUGAAGCGGCAUGCCAAAAUCCAUACCGGAGAUAAGCCAUAUGAAUGCCUCUGUGGAAACGUAUUUGCAAGGCAUGAUGCUUUGACCCGGCACAGGCAGCGAGGAAUGUGCAUUGGCGGAUACAAAGGGAUUGUUCGAAAGACAACGAAACGUGGCCGACCUAGGAAGCACAGACCGGAGAUGGGCGAGAGACAGAACAAGGCAGCUAAAACGCAUGAGAAGGUAGCCGCGAAGUCAUCGUCCGUCUCAGGGUCAGACACCUCUCGCAACUCUCCACCAUCCGAUACCUUCAAGGAUAUGCACAUCCGCGGUUCAAGCCCUCCACAACAGACUGCGCCAGUCUUUCAGAUGCCCGACUACUCUCUACCGCCAGCCGGCUUGGACAUUACGCCGCCGGCAUCGCCAGGCUAUAACACUGGAAGCGAACUGUCGUCCGACUGGAGCUACAGAUCUCUCUCGCCUACCACCGAAGAUGAGAAAGUGUCCCAGCCUCUAUCGGACAAGAUUCUUGCAGGAAGUGGACUUCCAUUUGGUACCGGGGUUCAUCCUAACAAUGAUACUACGAACUCCGAUGCUCUACUAUCUCCACGCAAUGCGCCUACGUUGACUGAUUCGUCUACGGUGUCCGACCUUGACAUCUUCAUCAGCCAAGACCCGACGACUCUAACCAAGGAUGGUUUACAAUAUUUCAAUGACCCUGACAUGGUUGAGUUCCCCAAUUACUCUGCGACGUCGACAUUCGGAGAGGGAAUUGAUCUCUUCCCUGGAAAGGGUAUCUCUACGAGCCUGAGCCUGAAUGAUGAUGAUUUCUUUUCCCUUCAAUUCCAUGCAGACGAACAACCAUCGGAUGUCUUUACGAGGGACUUUUCAUGGAUUGAUUGAAAGUGGUAUGCGCCAACACGACGAAAUGAUUAUGCACUGACGACUAAUGUGGGGGAAAGAAUUUGAUGACGAUUUGGAAUGCAGAUAUGGUGCAUGUUUUCUUUUUGUUUCCUUUGUUUUCUUUUCCCUUUGUUUUCCCCUUUCUUUUGUACGGACGACUUGACACGAAGCUAUGUACAAUUCAACGACAAAUGAUUUGGGGAGGAUGAUGAACGUUAUGCGAGUGAGGAACUGUACCAAAACCGUGAUGUGCUUUUUUAUAUGUAUUCCUUAUAUCUGACAGGUAUCUCUGCUGCACCAUCUUUCCUUAUCUCCUUCUAGGAGACCAUGUACCAAUGGAUAUGUUCUGGCGUGUGGACUUUCUUCUUAUUUUGACCUUUGAUUAUUCUGCAUUGGUGAAGGUGGUUGGCAAGUCGUUCAGCCCUACAUUAACGUAGGAGCGGUGGUGAUAGUGUUACUAGGUAGUUUAUCAAGAUGUCCUGAGAAUAAGAU